AUUCUAUAUCAGAUUACAUCCAGGAUUUUUUUCUUUUUCUAUAAAUACUCAAAGAGUGAAGACAAUACCCUAGGUCGAGAUUGACUACUCUAGAUUGUUUAGCAUUAGAUCUAGAUCUAGUUUUAAUAUCUCUGGAUUUCUAUGUUACGCGUCACCCGUUAUAAGGGCCUUAUUAAUUCAAGUCUGAUCUUCAAAAUGAUGUUGCAAUUAACAAAAUCUUUAAAUCUGACAGUGUCAAGACUGUACUCAUCAAAUGCACCAACCAAAAGGCAGCAAUGGGGGUCGCCUUUCUCUAAUUUGCCAUUGCCUUGUAGAAGAACAACUUUUACAGCAAUGUUAAUUUUAUUUUGUAGCAGCAGUUUUAUAUUACCUAUUGUGCUGUCGCGCAAGCAGCUGAUCAGCAGCUUCAUGGAGUUCAAAAUCAAAGUGUCGCCAUCAUGUGUGAUCUGUAUAAAGCCAUUUGUUGAUGAGCCUUUUUGAAAUGUUAUUUGCUUGCAUACCAAUAAGCCUUUUAAAAUUCUGUUGGCAUAAAGACUGUUUCUUUUGAAUGCGGACACAAUUACUUAAAUUGAUUUGCAGUUUGAAGUGAUUUGCUUUAAUUUUGAUAGAAAACUAUACAACUGAUGUUGACAAUUAUUUUUAUUUUAUGUAAAUGUCAGAUUAAUCAAUUUUAAUGAUUUGUAUACUGUUUUAUGUAAACAUUUCAUUUAUUAAAAAUGUGAUCAAUAAUUUUACUGGUAAACUCUUCAAUUUAAAAAAAAAAAUACAUUUUACAUAUGCAUGUACAAUGAAUGAGUGAUGACAAAUAUAUUCCUAACAGCAUAAAACUAAGAAAAUUUUGUUAACAUUUUACUUUCAUUUUAUUAAUUGGUCAUAAAAUUGAAUGUGAAAUUUCUUCCAGGUGUG